CCCUUACCAAAUUUAAAAACUUUUAAAAUUAAUAAAUAAAUAAAUAUAAAGUUAAAAAAAUAAAAAUAUAUAGGGUUCUUUGACUGUCAUCACAAGCGCAUUAUAGCACCACACACUCCACCACACAAAAAGCAAAAACCAAAAAAACCAAAAAAAAAAAAAGAAAAAAAAGAAAAAAACAGAAAUAUUGAAAAUGGAUCUACUCCUUGCUUUCCUUCUCUGAUUCUCCAGACCCACCUCCGAUUUUCUCUCCCAAUUUACAUGGUGGAUGUCUUCUUCUCCCGGGUUCGAUCGGUAAAUGAUUGGUUUCACUGAGAGAAAGGAGUAAAAAGCUGAAAUUUUUUUUAAGGGAUGGCUUCAGUGGGCAUAGCACCUACCUCUGGUUUGAGAGAACCUAGUGGCCACAAUGCCGGUGUUGAUAGGUUGCCAGAAGAGAUGAAUGACAUGAAAAUUAGGGAUGACAAAGAGAUGGAAGCAACAGUUGUUGACGGUAAUGGAACAGAGACAGGUCAUAUAAUUGUGACGACUAUUGGUGGUAGAAAUGGCCAACCAAAGCAGACAAUAAGUUACAUGGCUGAGCGCGUUGUUGGGCAUGGAUCAUUUGGAGUUGUUUUUCAAGCAAAAUGCUUAGAGACCGGUGAAACUGUGGCUAUAAAGAAGGUUCUUCAAGACAAGAGAUAUAAGAACCGUGAACUUCAAACUAUGCGUCUUCUUGACCACCCUAAUGUUGUCUCCUUGAAGCACUGUUUCUUUUCAACAACCGAAAAGGAUGAACUUUAUCUUAAUCUUGUACUUGAGUAUGUUCCUGAAACUGUUCAUCGGGUUAUUAAACACUACAAUAAGUUGAACCAAAGGAUGCCACUGAUAUAUGUGAAGCUCUAUACAUACCAGAUUUUCAGGGCAUUGUCUUACAUUCAUCGCAGUAUUGGAGUUUGUCAUAGGGACAUCAAACCUCAAAAUCUUUUGGUGAAUCCACAUACCCACCAGCUUAAGCUAUGUGACUUUGGAAGUGCAAAAGUCUUGGUAAAAGGGGAACCCAAUAUAUCUUAUAUCUGCUCUAGAUAUUACAGGGCUCCUGAGCUUAUAUUUGGAGCAACUGAGUACACUACAGCUAUUGAUAUCUGGUCUGCAGGUUGCGUUCUGGCUGAGUUAAUGCUUGGACAGCCUCUGUUUCCUGGAGAGAGUGGAGUCGAUCAGCUUGUUGAGAUUAUCAAGGUUUUGGGCACUCCAACAAGGGAGGAAAUUAAAUGCAUGAACCCCAACUAUACAGAGUUCAAAUUCCCCCAAAUUAAAGCUCACCCAUGGCACAAGAUAUUCCAUAAACGCAUGCCUCCAGAAGCUGUUGAUUUGGUUUCAAGACUACUGCAGUACUCUCCUAAUCUACGGUGCACAGCUAUGGAUGCCUUGACCCAUUCCUUCUUCGAUGAGCUACGUGACUCAAGCACCCGCCUGCCAAAUGGCCGAUUUCUUCCACCACUAUUCAACUUUAAGCCUCACGAAUUGAAGGGAGUACCAGUUGAGAUUUUGGUGAAAUUGAUCCCGGAACAUGCAAGAAAGCAAUGCCCCUUCCUUGGGCUAUGAUUCCAUCUGAAAUGUGACUGCCACCCCAAAUGGAAGCUGUGUUUCUUCUCUCUACGUAUAUGCUAUUUGUUCGUUUUCGUGUAUGUCUUUCCCUUUGUAUUCCCCUAUUUUGUAAAAGCAGAUUUAGAGACAUGCUACUUAAUCAUAUGCCCAAACCUCAAUGGGUAGGUAUUCGGUUUACCCUGUUUCUGUAUCACAAUAGAUUGUAACAUCACAUAGAAGACAAACAUUAGCAUUUUAUCCCAAUGUUCUAUUUGUAGCUGGAUGCAAUUUAGCUAAAAUCGUAUCUGGGAUUGUCCUAAUGAUGCUCUCUUUUCUGAUUUAGACCCGCAUCGGCUGCUUAAUCCAUUGCCAAGGUCUCAGGAGAGAGCACAUGAAGGCAGUGUCCCCAAGUGUUGUGAUUCCAUGUCAAAGACCGUUUAAUCUUAAUAAAGCAUAUUUGUUCCCUUGUUCCCUUGUGCA